AUGCAACAAAGGCAGUCGCAAGCUGUUGUAGUUGCUCCUCCAUUGCUCUUGUCACCACUUCAACCACUUUUGACACCAAAAAGUGUUGCGUGCAUAUGGGAGACAAAUUCAGAAUUGGAAAUUAAAAGUGAGGAAAUUGAAGAAUUGAAGCAAAGAGAAAAGGAAUAUUUAUCUGUCCUAUCAGGGGAUGAGAAAGAGAAAGCUGACCUUUUAAAGGAAAAAGAUCAAAUGAAAAAGAAAAUAAAAGAUCAAGACGAAUGCAUUUCCAGAUUAAAUGAUUUACUGCAAGAAAAUGAAAAUGAAAUGGAUGCUCUUCGCAAAGAAAAUGCAGAAUAUUUAGUAGCUAAGGAGGAAUAUGAGGAAAAGCUUGUAGUAUUGCAACAAAACUGCAACCAGCUUUUACAGGAAGCAGAAGUGUGGAAUUUAAGGGUGAAUGAAUUAACUAUGCAAUUAAAUGACGAAAAUACAGCAAAAAAAGAACUUGAAGAAUCUUUCAAAGCAAAAGAAGAAGAAGUUGAGUCUUUAAAACAGUUGGUUCAGCUGUCUGAAAUUUUGAGUGGAUCAGAAGAAAAUGAGAAUAAAGAUGCUGAAGGUGUUAAAUUCAAUGGAAGUCCUGGAAGCCAAAAAUCUGAAAUUGAUAAGCUAAAAGUUAGUUACAAUCAAGCUCUUCAGGAUAAAGCAGAAGCACAAACGAAAUUGGAUGUCUUAACUAAUUAUUUUAAAGAUAAAGAAAUUCAACUGCAGAAGCAACUAGGUGUAGAGGAAGCUGUGAGACAGAAAAAGGAAGAAGAUGCUAGCUCAGCAGAAAGGCGAAUUCUACUAAUUGAACAAGAGAAUGCUAGUUACAAAUAUCAGGUUGCUAGUAUGAAACAAGAAAUGGAGGAGACUGAAAGAAAUUUAAAAAGUCAGAUAGCAGCUCAAGAAAAGAAAGCUCAUGAAAAUUGGAUAGCUGCUCGUGCUGCUGAAAGAAAACUAGAGGAUGUUAAACAAGAGGUCUUGCAACUGCGCCAACGAUUAACGCUGCUAGAAAGAGACCAGGAAAACUGGGUCAAUUCUUCCAGAGAUAAUAUAAUAAGACCAGUACCUAAGAGAAUGCCUGGUCUAAAUGAUGACUUAGCUAGUUCACAGGAAAUAAACAGCUCAUUAGAAAUGAGGCCUAAUUUAUUUCCGCCGCCUGUGCCACCUCCAAUGCUACUGCCGCCUGACAGACCAUUGCCUCCAUUACCUCCACCACCUUUGCCUCCCUUUUUACCUCCAUUGGAUCCACCCUUUCGUCCUCAGCCCUGGCAUAUGCCACCACCAGACACUUUGUCAAACUCAGAUUUUCGUGUAACUCCUCCAGAAUUUUCUUCAAGAGGAAGAGAAUCUACUCCACCCAGAGGUCGUCGCUCUGCAGCUGUUGAUGGGGAAAUGCGGCCUCAUGCUUCUUCGCCUUUAGGAACAGAUACAAGAGAUUCCCGUAAUUCAACUCCGCCACACUCAUUACCAGAUUUUCAUGACAUUCCACCACAGCCACCCAGGCCAUUCUUUCCCCCUCCAGCACAUCAUCCAAGAUUUUCUAUGCCUCCACCAUCAUUUAGAAGAGAUCCAGGUCCUAGAAGAACAGAUUACCAAGGAAAUAAUUCAAUGCAACAACCACUUGUGCCUCAAGAACGUUGGCCACAUUCAAACUCUAGAGUCUGACCUCUAACAUACCUGUGAUUUAAGAUUCCUAAAUUAUAUAUAAUACAGUGCAAAAACUUGAUUGACAUGUUUGGGAAAAACCUCUACUUUAAUAAAAUUUUAUAAAUUUAACUUGAUUCUUAUUUAUAGCAGAUUACAUACUUUUUGAAGGGUAUGUUAAAAGUACUUAAAAUUUUAUGUCAGUUUUUCCCCUGUUUAAAUAUUUCUUUGUCAAUGAAAUUAUAGUUCCAGGUUGUCAACAUGUAAGAUAAUGAAAUUGUAAAAUUGUAUAUUUGAAAUAAAUAUUAGCUCAGA